AUGUCUGAAGACCGUAUUCUUCGUCCCCGGCCGCGACGAGCCUUCAACCUCACUCCAGAAUCCUCCGAAGCGCCCACCCCAGCUGAACCUGCGAACCCGGACUUCCUCAGCCCCAAGGACGCCGAGUUGAACAACAUGAGCCGCAACGGAUCCAUCAUGAACCUGACCUCUUCUACGUUAUUCGGUAUAUACUCCCCAACAGCCUUCGACAGCGCCCGCGAUGAGUCCAGUCCCUGGGGCACGGAAGCUCACACCCCCGGCGCCGAGCAUCCCAAGCCGGAAUUCAAGCUCGAUGGCCCGGAUCGGUUUACACUGGAGCGCACCCGGUCUCGAUUGAACCAUGGGCUAUUUCGGGGUGUGAUUCUGCCGCGGGCGCUACGCAGUGCGUUUUUGUUUGGGUUUGGGAUUGUGUAUGGUGUGAUUACGGUGCAUCUUCAUGAGAACCAUUGGAUUACGCCGGUAAAGUUGGAGAAUAUUCAUUACUACGAGUCAUGGCAGUAUUUGGGUUUCUGGGGGUUGACUGGUAUUGCGUUGGGGAAUGUGCUUCCCUGGUUGGAUGUUUUCUUUGAGGGGACGGUUCCUGAUACUGUUCGACGGACGAAACGGGCGACCGGUCGUGAUAAUGAGGAUCGCACUUCGACGUGGGUAGCUGCUGUUCGCAGCGUUGGUGCUUUUGUUGGGAUUGCUUUUGCUAUGCGACGACUUCCGUGGGAAUCCACAACGCAAGCCUCCCUGACCCUCGCGCUCGUAAACCCCGUCUUGUGGUAUCUCAUCGACCGAACCAAGACCGGAUUUCUGCUGUCGACAGUCGUGGGCGUGGCCGGAAUGGGCCUAGUUCUGGGACUGAAACCGGAAUUGAUGCCAUCGUCAACCGAGAGCCCACCGACUACAUUUGGACUGAACAGCACUGGGCUGGAGUUUGCAUUUGCGACGGGAAUAACGCAAGAGGGUAUUGCUGUGCGGACCUGGAUUGCCAGUGUUCUUUUCUGCGCGUGUGUAUGCUUUGGCAAUAUUGGACGGCAGUUGGCGAUUGGAGGAGCCAAGGAGGCAUUGAAGGGUUGA